AUGAAUGUUAACGAGUGGUUUGAUAAUUGGGAUAUUGAAACGCUGUAUGGCGAUAAAGUGAAAGGUAGCAACACAUGUGUUGAUGGUUCUCCAAUUCCUGUGAGUGGUAUAGUUUGUGGUCCCAUUUUGCGUCUAAUUGAUAUCGAUUACACAAACUUUUUAUAUAAUGGUUCAAUUUUAAUCAUUACAAAGAGUACUCCCAAUAAUCCAAUUGAAAAUAAACCACCUAUUAUUAAUUAUAUAUCUGGUCCUGCAAAUAUUGAUUCAUUAAACGAUGGGAAUAGUUUGGUUUUAUCCGAUAUUGCUGAAUUUCCAUCACAAUUAUUUCAUACAGAUCAAUUAGAAAAUGGAGUUUUCCAAUUUCAUAGAUAUUCUAUACAGAUCCCGUUAAUGGAACAAGAACAAAUGAUAAAAUAUUCAUUAGAUGGAGAAUUUAAAUUAAAUUAUAGAUUUUUCAUACCUUCAAGAUCAAAAAAUUUUAAUACUAUUGCGUAUUCUUGUAAUGGGUUUUCAUUAUCUGUUGAUACAAAAAAAUUUAAUGGUUCAUUAUGGUUUGAUAUAUUAAAGAAACAUUCAAAAAUUCAUUAUAAUGUAAUGUUAGGUGGUGGUGAUCAAAUAUAUAGUGAUCAAAUUAAGAUUUAUUGUACAAAGGUGAAAAAUUGGUUAGAGACUAAACAACUUUUAACAAAAUCUAGUACAAAAGUAACACCAGAAUUUAAAAAAGAAUUAGACAAUUUUUAUUUAAAAGAAUAUUUAGAAUGGUAUGGAUAUGGUCAUUGGAAAGGUAGUACAGAUGAUUCGAAGUCUACGCAACGUUGUUUUCCCUUAGCAAUGGCUACAAUUCCAUCUAUAAAUAUUUGGGAUGAUCAUGAUAUUAUUGAUGGAUUUGGAUCUUAUAGUGAUACUUUUAUGAAAACUGACGUAUUUAGUUCAAUUGGUAAAGCUGCUUAUAAAUAUUAUAUGUUAUUUCAACAUCAAGUUUCAAAUGAUCUUAAUAUCGAUAAAGAAGCAUAUUUAAAUUCAAGUCAAUGGAUUUUAGGCAACAUUCCAGGUCCUUAUAUUGGUGAAGUCUCUCAUUCUUUAAUGACUAGAUUAGGUCCUUCCAUGGCUUUAUUGGGAUUAGAUUGUAGAACUGAACGUAAAUUAAAAGAAAUUUUAUGUGAUGAUACUUAUAUUAAAAUAUUUAACCAUUUGGAACAAGAAGUUAAGAAGGGUAAAUUAGACCAUCUCUUAGUAAUGUUAGGAGUUCCAAUUGCAUAUCCAAGAUUGGUAUGGUUAGAGUGGCUUUUCUCAUCAAAAUUAUUGGCACCAUUGAAAUAUUUAUCGAAAAAGGGAAUUAUUGCAGGAGGUUUAGUUAAUGAAUUUAAUGGUGAUGUAGAGUUAUUAGAUGAUUUAAAUGAUCAUUGGUGUGCAAGACAUCAUAAAAAGGAGCGUAACUAUUUAAUUACUAAAUUACAAGAUUUUGGUGCUAAACAUGGUAUAAGAAUAACAAUUUUAUCUGGUGAUGUUCAUUUAGCGUCUGUUGGUAGAUUUAGAAGUAAACUCCAUAGACGUCAUAUAACAGGAUCAAAGGAUGAAACAAAUAAAGACAUUUUGACUAAACCUGAGGAAGAUAUUAGAUUAAUGUUGAAUAUAAUCUCUAGUGCAGUUGUAAAUACACCUCCACCUGAUGCAAUGACUAAACUACUUCAAUCUAGAGCAAAAUUACAUACAUUUGAUUUUGAAACUCAUGAGGAUACAAUACCAUUAUUUGAAUAUGAUGUCGAUGGCGAAACCAAGAGACAUAUUGAUUCUUUUAUGAAUAAGAGAAAUUGGUCAGAUAUUAUUCCUGUUGAAAAUGUAAUGGCAAAUACUUAUUUGAAAGACAUGUUAGAUCUCAAUAUAAACGAUAGAGUUACACCAAAUAUAAUUUCUAAAUUGAAAUCGAAUGACGAUAAUACAAACGAAAUAAGACAAAAAUAUCCAGUUACUCAAAAGGGUGUAAUUGCUUCAAUUCAUCUUGAAAAGGACACAACUAAUAGUAAUUCUGAAACCGCCUGGUAUGCCAUUCCAAUUCCAGAAUUACAAAGAACAGAACAAAAUCUUACUCACCGUGGGAUCAAGCAUUUACUGCCUUAA